AAAAACGGAGGAAGGAUAUCAUCACCCUUAAAAUAACUCGUAUUCCGUAAGUCCGUAUCAUUCACGAAUCCGUAAACUGUGCUUACGAAAAAAACUGUACAAAUUCUCAGUACACUAAACAGUGAACACAUUCUCUCUCUACGCUCAACUCAAUUCAGGCUGUGAUCAUACACUCAACUCAAUUCUACAUUCUGUGCGUCAUCAGUCCGCCAACGACAACGCCUCCCUCGACUUCCUCCGCCUUCACAACCGUCAAAUAUCUUUCUAAAUGAGCAUUCAGGGAGAUUAAGGUCUCUGCAAGUCUUUGCAGAAAUAGAGUUCCAAGUAAUUCUCCUGACUAUGGGGCUAUCUUCAUGGCAAGCAACUCCACCAGGAAAGAAUGUUUUGAAAGAGAAAUCUUUGGUCUUCCAUCUGAAUAUGCUGAUUUUGUGAUGAAAGUUAAGAAUGGGAUGCCUUUGUUUCUCUUUGAUUUUCAAGAGAGAAUGCUUUAUGGGGUUUUCGAGGCAACCUCUGAUGGUGCGAUGAAUAUAGUCCCUGAUGCAUACAGGUCAACAUCAAACAGGAAGUUUCCAGCACAGGUUCGCUUCAGUACAUUUUGGCACUGUGAUCCUCUUCCAGAGAACGUUUUUGGUGAUGCGAUAAAGGAAAACUACUUCAAACAAUUCAAAUUCAAUCUUGGUUUAUCCAGAGAUCAAGUAGGAAGGCUCCUAUUUCUGUUUGAGAAACGAAUGCUCAAAAUACCUAAUCCUCCUGUGAGGGAAAAAAAAAAAUCAAGAGUAGCAGACAAAUAGAAAAAUCUAUGGUGGUACUCCCUAAAUCUGUAGUAAAUCUAGAGCUAUUAACAGAGACACCACAAGAAUCAAUUCCAGAGAAAACAGGCAACUUGGAUGCUCCUGAUCAUGGAAAUGCAACUCACCUUGACGACUAUAUACCAUUGCCUUCAAUAGAACCUGAAGAAAUUGAAGAUCCUUCUGAAGGAUUCCUUUGUGGUGCUGAUUUAUCUUCCUUAUGGCCAUUUACAAAGGUUGGUGGUACAGAUGGUGACAAGCAGGUUGAUGAUGAUACUAGGUGUCUUGUUCAGGGUGGGUGGGAUUCAGACUAUUCAAAGCCAGCCAGCUGUUCAUCAGGACCUAAAAUAAGUACACCACAAGUAGACCACAAGAAAAUUGAUGAUUCCAGUGGCUUGCAGGUUCAGGGGCUAUUAACAGAGACACCACAAGAAUCAAUUCCAGAGAAAACAGGCAACUUGGAUGCUCCUGAUCAUGGAAAUGCAACUCACCUUGACGACUAUAUACCAUUGCCUUCAUUAGAACCUGAAGAAAUUGAAGAUCCUUCUGAAGGAUUCCUUUGUGGUGCUGAUUUAUCUUCCUUAUGGCCAUUUACAAAGGUUGGUGGUACAGAUGGUGACAAGCAGGUUGAUGAUGAUACUAGGUGUCUUGUUCAGGGUGGGUGGGAUUCAGACUAUUCAAAGCCAGCCAGCUGUUCAUCAGGACCUAAAAUAAGUACACCACAAGUAGACCACAAGAAAAUUGAUGAUUCCAGUGGCUUGCAGGUUCAGGGGCUGUACUCAGACAAGAUGAGAACAAGUGCAUUUCUACGAUUGUCGGGGCUAGGGAAAGUGUUGGGGAAGGAACGUCAUUGUUGUAGUAAGGUGGACAAUCUGGGGGAUGUACUGAAAGGACUGGACGAGAGGCAUAAAAUGUGGAAGUGCAAAAGCAGCAUUGAGAAUACUUCCAGGAUUAGUGUGUUUUCUCGAUUGAGAAGAGAUGUUGGAAAGGCACCGGAAGGUGAGAAGAAAUCCAUGGAUGUAGCAAAAAAAAUUAAGUCUCAGAAUUUGAAGCGCAAGAGUAGUUGCAGUGUCAAGAUCAGUGAAAAGGAUGACGAUUACUUACCAGGAAAUCAGCAGGGAAAGGCAUUGGAAAGCCAUAGUAAAGUAGUAUUAUCCGAUGAGAUGAAGUCCAUAGACAUUGUGAAAGAUUUCAUUAGUCAGACUUUGAAACACAAGAUUAGUUCCAAUGUCAAACAUCCUGGGAGAAGAUUGAGGAGUAAUUGUUCCAGAAAAAGAUCAAGAACUAGGACUUCUAACAGUUCCUCUAGUGUAGCAGAUCAUUCUGAGGGAAGUUCUUUCUGCACAAUUAACAGUACAUGCCAUGAAGAUGUAUGACGACUGAAUGCUGAAUAUGAGUUUAACAUCUGAUCUAGUGUGUAAUAUAAACUCUAAGUUUUUUGUUUUAUCUCUAACAUGAGUUGUGAAGCUGGGUGCUAAGUUUAGUCACUGUAAACUAAUGCACAAAAUUCUACGUUAAUCAAAUUUCCCUGGAUUUUAUUAAUUCGGAAAAUUCUGUCAUUGAAUUUGUACUGCAGAGUUUACUAUGCUUCUCAAUUUAUAAGGUCUGCUUUGAUCUGGA